CAUGUCUGCUGUCAAAAAGGCCAUCAUCAUCGGGGCAGGCCCGGCCGGUCUCGCCGCAGCUCUCCAACUUCAUCGGGAGAACAACAUCGCCACCACAGUAUACGAGCUGCGUCCAGAACCGACUACCCUGGGCGGAGGGAUCGGCAUUUUCCCAAAUGGCAUGCGCUUACUUCAUCGGCUCGGCCUCCACGAGGCCCUUCUCGCCCGCGGAUCAUCUAUAACUAAUAUGCAAAUCCACUCAUUGCAGAGUGGUGAUCUCGCUGAGGUCGACAUCGCUUCCUGGGCUCAUCAGAAGACCGGAUUCGGAUACCUGCGCAUCCGCCGCACCGACCUGCAAGAUGUUCUUUUUUCUGCCCUUGCUGAGCAGCAAAUCCCGGUACAUUUCAACAAGCGUAUAGUCUCCGUCAACGAAUCGCCAACGGACGUCACAGUGACCUUCUUGGAUGGUACAACCGACACCGCCGAUAUUCUGAUCGGUUGCGAUGGGAUCCACUCAAGCGUUCGUCGUCUACAGGUUGACCCGUCAGUCGUGCCCGAGUACUCAGGUAUCGCUGGAACUAUGUCGAUGGUCCGCUCAGCGGGCCUCCCAGACGCAUUGAAAACACACGGCAAUGCCUUCAUGACAAGCAAUGGGCUGAUUGCAGUGAUGCCAUGCUCUCCAUCCGGAGAAGACCUAUUCUGGUUCUUCUCGCGAGAGACGGCCAUUCCACACUCCAAAUCUGGUGACGCACGAGACGGAUGGGAAGAGAGACGCCAGCAGGAGGUCACGGGGUAUAAGGAUAGCAUCCUGAAAAUUCUCGAGCCGGGUCGGGGUGAAUGGCGAGACGCUCUGAUCAAAAUACUGGAUCGGACGGAGUUCGUCAGCUUCUAUCCCAGCUUCCGGCUCCCGCUGGGCGGGAAGUGGUUUACCUCGCGAACGGUGCUGCUCGGGGAUGCGGCGCAUGCUAUGUCGCCUCAUGCGGGCCAGGGGGUCUCCAUGGCUCUGGAGGAUGUGUUUCUUCUCUCGCGGCUGCUGAGAGACCAAGAACGAAGCUUGGAGAGUGUCUUUGCCCGGUAUGAAGAGAUCAGAAGACCGCGGGUCACCGAGAUCUAUAAUUUGGCGGCAAGGAACGGGAAGAAGCGGAGAGAUGUGAGUCCCUGGAGACUGUGGAUGAACGAGUACAUAGCAUGGGCUGCGUAUGGAUUGUACAACAAAUUGGGGUUGGAAUGGUUGGGAAUUGGGCAGAAGCAUCUGGUUUACGAUAUUGACGAGGUGAAGAUAUGAAUGCUCGGUACACAGUAUGUUUGGGCAUUGUUUCUUGUUUCUUUUUUCUUUUUUGAUGUCAUGUAUACCAAUUUG